CACAUUUUCAAUGGAAGGGAAGGUGUUCUUGGGUCACAACCUGAUAUGGGUGAUGCUACUGAUGGGGCAGUUACAUGGAUACAAAAGUUGUAUUGAUGAAGAAAAGAUCGCUUUGUUUGAGCUCAGGAAACACAUGAUCUCAAGAACUGAAUCCGAGUCUGUUCUCCCUACUUGGACCAAUGAUACAACGAGCGAUUGCUGUCGAUGGAAGGGCGUUGCUUGCAAUCGUGUAAGCGGACGGGUGACCGAGAUUUCCUUUGGUGGACUGAGCCUAAAAGAUAAUUCUCUCCUAAAUCUUUCUUUGUUGCAUCCCUUUGAAGAUGUUCGAAGUUUGAACUUAUCAAGCUCCAGAUGCAGUGGCUUGUUUGAUGAUGUGGAAGGUUAUAAAAGCCUCAGAAAAUUAAGAAAGUUGGAGAUUCUGGAUUUGGCUUCAAAUAAAUUCAACAACAGUAUAUUUCAUUUUCUUAGUGCCGCUACAUCACUCACAACUCUGUUUCUUAGGUCCAACAACAUGGAUGGCUCUUUUCCUGCUAAAGAACUUAGAGAUUUGACAAACUUGGAAUUACUAGACCUGAGUAGAAACAGAUUUAACGGCUCCAUACCAAUACAAGAGUUAUCUAGCCUAAGGAAGCUGAAAGCUCUUGAUCUAAGUGGCAAUGAAUUUUCUGGCUCAAUGGAAUUACAAGGAAAGUUCUGCACUGAUCUUUUAUUUUCCAUCCAGAGUGGGAUUUGUGAAUUGAAUAAUAUGCAAGAGCUUGAUCUCAGUCAAAACAAACUCGUAGGCCAUCUCCCCUCAUGUUUAACUAGCUUGACUGGCCUUCGAGUUCUUGACCUUUCAUCGAACAAAUUAACUGGGACGGUUCCUUCUUCUCUCGGUAGCCUACAAUCCCUUGAGUACUUAUCGUUGUUUGAUAACGACUUUGAAGGUUCUUUCUCAUUUGGUUCACUCGCCAACCUCUCAAACCUAAUGGUGUUGAAACUUUGCUCAAAGUCCAGCUCUCUUCAAGUACUGUCCGAAAGUUCUUGGAAGCCAAAAUUUCAGCUGAGUGUUAUUGCGCUACGAUCAUGCAACAUGGAGAAGGUUCCUCAUUUUCUCCUACACCAGAAGGAUUUGCGUCAUGUUGAUCUCUCCGACAAUAAUAUCUCUGGAAAGCUUCCUUCUUGGUUAUUGGCAAACAAUACAAAACUCAAAGUUCUGCUUCUACAGAAUAAUCUCUUUACAAGCUUUCAGAUACCUAAAUCUGCUCAUAAUCUGCUUUUCCUCGAUGUGUCAGCUAAUGACUUCAACCAUCUUUUUCCUGAGAACAUUGGAUGGAUCUUUCCUCAUUUACGAUAUCUGAAUACAUCCAAGAAUAAUUUUCAGGAGAACCUGCCAUCUUCUCUUGGUAACAUGAAUGGUAUCCAAUAUAUGGACCUAUCUCGCAACAGUUUCCACGGGAAUCUACCAAGAAGUUUUGUGAAUGGUUGUUAUUCCAUGGCGAUCUUGAAGCUGUCACAUAACAAACUAAGUGGAGAGAUUUUUCCAGAAUCAACCAACUUUACUAAUAUAUUGGGGUUGUUUAUGGAUAACAAUCUCUUUACAGGAAAGAUUGGACAAGGUUUGCGGAGCUUGAUAAACUUGGAACUGCUUGACAUGUCAAACAACAAUCUCACUGGUGUUAUUCCAAGUUGGAUUGGCGAGCUUCCAUCCUUAACUGCACUUCUGAUUUCAGACAACUUCUUGAAAGGUGACAUACCUAUGUCGUUGUUCAACAAAUCAAGUCUCCAGCUGCUAGACCUCUCAGCAAACAGUUUAUCUGGGGUCAUACCUCCACAGCAUGAUUCAAGAAACGGGGUUGUCUUACUCCUACAAGACAAUAAGUUAUCAGGUACUAUUCCAGACACAUUGCUUGCAAAUGUAGAAAUUCUUGAUCUGAGAAACAACAGAUUCUCUGGAAAGAUUCCGGAGUUCAUCAACAUUCAAAAUAUUAGUAUUCUUCUUCUACGGGGGAAUAACUUUACAGGCCAGAUUCCUCACCAGUUGUGUGGUCUAAGUAACAUCCAACUUCUUGAUCUUUCCAACAACAGAUUGAAUGGAACCAUACCUUCAUGUCUCAGUAAUACAUCAUUUGGUUUUGGUAAAGAAUGUACAUCAUAUGAUUAUGAUUUCGGCAUUUCUUUCCCUUCUGAUGUCUUCAAUGGUUUUUCUCUGCAUCAAGACUUCUCUUCCAACAAAAAUGGUGGUAUAUAUUUCAAAUCUCUGCUUACGCUUGAUCCGUUAAGUAUGGACUACAAGGCAGCCACACAGACGAAAAUCGAAUUUGCAACAAAACACAGAUAUGAUGCCUACAUGGGUGGAAAUCUCAAGUUAUUGUUUGGAAUGGAUCUCUCAGAAAAUGAGCUGAGUGGUGAGAUACCAGUAGAGUUUGGAGGUCUUUUGGAACUACGAGCUCUAAAUCUAUCUCACAACAACUUAUCAGGUGUGAUACCAAAAAGCAUUUCAAGUAUGGAGAAAAUGGAAAGCUUUGAUCUUUCUUUCAACAGAUUACAAGGCCGGAUCCCAUCACAACUAACAGAGCUGACCAGCCUCUCUGUAUUCAAAGUCUCACACAACAACUUAUCAGGAGUCAUUCCACAGGGAAGACAGUUUAACACCUUUGAUGCAGAAAGCUACUUUGGUAAUCGUCUCCUCUGUGGACAACCAACCAACAGAAGCUGCAACAAUAAUAGCUAUGAAGAAGCAGAUAAUGGAGUGGAAGCUGAUGAAUCCAUAAUCGACAUGGUAUCUUUCUACUUGAGUUUUGCUGCUGCUUAUGUGACAAUACUUAUUGGAAUAUUGGCAUCUCUAUCUUUUGAUUCUCCUUGGAGCAGAUUUUGGUUCUACAAGGUUGAUGCUUUCAUCAAAAAGGUGAGGAAUUUAUUGUUGUAA